GGAAAAUUCCAUAUUAUUUUUGAAGAAAAAUGAAAAGGAAAAGAAAAGAAAAACAGAGAGAGAAGAAAAACAGAGUGUUUAAAGAGGGGGAGAUCAAACUGAGUCAAUUCAGUUUUGAAUUCCAACCGCUCCACAACACAAUUUGAUUCCCCUUUCUUUCACCAAAUCCAUCAAUUUUAAAAACCCUCUUUUUUUUUUUAAGCCACAAUAUCCCCUUCAAAUUCAAUGCACAUCAAUGUCUGGUUUUAUCACAACCCCAUCAUUUUUAAAUUACUUAACCCCUAUCCUCUGAUCUCAUCAAUACCCAUUUCCUCUCCCUUCAAUUUCAAUACUUCAAACACAAUCAUCAAUUUUUGUUCUGUCCCACAAAAAAAUCACACUUUUUUUAUAUGUUUCUCAACAUUUCUUGUGUGUUACAUUACAUUACACCCCUGCUUUUCGCUUCUCUUCUAUAGAAAAAAAUCCGAAACCCUGUGAUUAUUUACCCAAUUAAUUAGUUAAAGUUGUUGAAUUGAACCCAAUCCCCAUCUGGGUUUCUGAAAAAGUUUCGAAAUUUGAAGGAAACAAAUCAUGGGGAUUAAAAACGAUAGAGUGAAAUUCAACGUAGGAGGCAGAGUAUUUGAAACAACAGCAACAACACUUGCAAAUGCAGGGCGAAAUUCUAUGUUGGGUGCAAUGUUAGAUGAUAAUUGGAAUCUUUUAUCACACGAUAAAGAAAGUGAGAAAUUCAUAGAUCGCAACCCUGAUUGCUUCUCUGUUCUCUUGGAUCUGCUUCGAACAGGUGAACUCUACAUCCCACAAAACAUCCCUGAGAAGCUUCUAUACAGAGAAGCUCUAUAUUAUGGUGUUCUUGAUCAUGUUCGUUCAGCAAAAUGGGGUCAAUUCGAUGGUAAUAGGUUAAGGUUGUCUAGGUCUGUACAAGGACAAGCACCUGGUGAUGGAACAGCUAUUCGAGCUGGUCCUGAUGGUGGUUGUUGUGUUGCUCAUGGUUGCAUGGUUCAUGUUUAUGAUUGGAUGUUAGAUGAACAUAAUCCUCUUAAUCUUGAUUACCAAAGAGUCAACGAUGUUGGUUGGGUUGACCCUAACAACAUAGUAAUUGGUGUAAGUGAAAGACUUGGUCGUGGUGAUGGUGGAAUGGGUUUGUUUAGUUCUCAUAAUGGAGAACUUAGGUAUAAAUUUCAAGUUAGUCAUGAAAAUCAUGUUAAGAGUUACACUGCUGGUGCUUUGAGUUUUAGUUCUGAUUAUAAGAUAUUUUCUAGUUGUAAAGGAAGGAGUAAUGAAUAUGGUGUUGGUGUAUGGGAUCAAGUUACUGGUAAACAAAUUGAUUUUUUUUAUGAGCCUUUAGGUUGGUCUCUUGGUGAUGCUGAUAAGCUUCAAUGGUUAGAAGGUAGUAACUGUUUGUUAGUCGCUACUAUGUUUCCUAGAAAGGAUAACUGUUAUAUUAGUCUAUUGGAUUUUAGAGAGAAGAAAAUGGUUUGGUGUUGGUCGGAUGUAGGUGCUCCUUUGACUGUGGAUGAGAAAAGGGUGAGGGAUGCAAUAGCAAUGGAGGAUAAUAGUUCCAUUUGUGUGGUGAAUGAGUUUGAGGAAUUGGGUUUUAUGGAUUUGAGAAGUUCUGCUGCUACAAGUGUGAGGUGGAGUUCUAGAAGUAGGUUGAUGAAAGGGAAGAUGCCUGAGGAACCUUGUUAUCCUAAAUUGGCACUUCAUGGUGGACAACUUUUCUCUUCCAUGAAUGAUUGCAUUUCAGUGUUCUGUGGUCCUGAAUGGGUUUUGACAUCCAGGCUUAGGCGUAGCUAUGGUGGGUCAAUAUGCGAUUUUUCAAUUGGAGGAGAUAGGCUUUUUGCUCUUCAUAGUGAGGAGAAUGUUUUCGAUAUAUGGGAGACUCCAACCCCACCAAUUAUAUGAUUUAGUUCAUACAGUAUUUUUGCUUAGUUUAAGAUUAUUUUUCCUAGUUUGCCAUAACCAGAAUGCUUCUGCAAUUUUCUAGAUAGUGAUGAAUUUAAACCUUGUAUAUAAGAGGUUGAGUAGUUUUUAACUUGGCAUACAUACAUGUAGUUUUACUACUACUGUUGUAGUUUAAAGGUGUCAUCAGGUUUGUGUAUAUCAACAGAAAAUAUAUUAUAUGUGGAUUGCUUAUUUUUCCUAUACUACUGAUUCAGCAGAUUUCACACA